UACCUGUUUAAGAGUUUGAAGAAAACAGGCCUGGUUUAUAGUUUUCACUUGGAAACGUUUCAAAAUUUGCUGCAAGUAUACCUUUUGUUUAUAGGUACUAUGGAUUUUAUAACGCACUCGGUUUCAGAUCUUUACAAGUGUGGCUUUAGUAUGAAAAUCGUAGUAGGUAAACAAAGACAGGGUGAAUAAACAAUCGAGAAUUGUUGGAUUAAACGUUUUAUACGCUAUAAAAAUAAGAUUAUAAACCUCGAAGAGGCUUCUGUAAAUAUUUUUAUGUGAGUAAAAAGCCGAGGUGUGGGAGGUUUGAUAAAUAGAACAAAACGCAGUGACAUGAAUUCAUUAAAAAAAAGGACGAAUUUGUGAAACUAUUCUGUAACUUGGAUAUUUUUUUUCGACUGAAUUGUAAAAAUUAGAUUAUCAUUAAGCGGUCAAAAGAACAAUAACGGGACAACAACAAAUAAUGUAACAACGAUUUCAACUUGAAAAACAACAACAACAACAGAAAAUGUAACAAAAAUCAUGUUGACAUGAAUUCAUACAAAAAGGUUAUUUUUGUAAGGAAAUAAUUAAACACUUUGUUUAACAGGUGUAAGUAACGGACACAAGUUCAAAUUGUAAUAUAACAACAGAAGUAAAUUGAAAAAGAUGUUAAAUUUUGAGUCAAGUAAAGUAGCGAGAUUAUCGGUCUAGACUAAAUGUUGACUGCUUCAUAAAAAAAAACAAAAACAAAAAACGGAAGGAAAUUGCCGGCUUUGUAUUGGAUAAAGUUUUCACUUUUUGAUUUUCAAAUAUUUCUCUACUAUAUUUGGAUGUUUCAGGAUGACAUAUAAGUGAUGAGUUAGAAAAACGGAUUUAUGUAAUUAUGUUAUAAUUAAAACUACAGACAUGCGCCGGUUAUAUAGUUAUAAUUAUGUUUGGGAUAUUUGAAAAAAAGACACCAAAAAUCACAACAAAUUUACGAGGGCUCAUACCACUAAAUUGCAAAUCAUUGAUUUUCAGUGACUAAAAACUUGAAAGGUAAUUAACGUUUCGGCAGCUGAAAUUAACUGAAAAAAUAUACAUGUACUUUCUUGAACAUCAUCAAUAUCUUCAAAUUUUGACAUAAAAGAUAUUAUUAAUACUAUUUCACAUGAUUUUUUCUUCUUUUUGGAUAAAAGAAACAUUUUUUGAAAAUUUUGAAUAAAAAUACAAGGGAGAAGAAUGACUGAGAAUAAAACUACUAAGUAUACAACUUAAGUAGGCGUUUUUUUUCUUGUUGUGUAUUAUUACGGAUUUACCAUUUUCACGUGCAGAUACUAUCAUCACAGGGCACGACAACACAACUGACUUAUUCCCAAGCUACAAAUCAAUCUUUUCUCCGUCAGCAGACGUUAUUCCCAGAUAUACGCUGUGAUGAAUUAACUAUUUCUAUUUAUAGUAACACAAUUGGAAAGUUAAUCCGUGAGGGUAUUCUAUGAGAAAGAGCAGAGGAAAACGUAAUAUUCCAUUCCGCGCACGGAUUUUAGACGCUUGAAUUUCUUUACAACGCUAUAUACUUUGUUGUAGUUAACGAAUUUUAUAUUUGAAUUGUGUUUGCAUCGUCGGAUAUUUGAGCUCGAUUUAUUAUUCAAAACAGAUCUCUGCAAAUAUUUCAAGCUUUAUUGUUCCCAUGAGGAAAAUAACUUGGAUCAAAAAUUGAAAAAUCAAACUUCUCUCGCGUUUUGAUUCAUUAAAUUUCUACAGAAGACGUAAAGCUGUGUUAAGAUUUUGGAUGUUAUAGAAAUUUGCCAGCAGAAUUGGAAUAUUUUAGUAGAAAGUCUGAGAAUGUGCUGAAUAUAGAACAAUAUUUAUAGAUUAUGGGGGCUGAUAAAGGAAUAUCAGUCAGACCAUCUGUCAAAACCAAGUUGGAAACUACCUACAGCUGCGAGGAUAUAAAUGAUCAAAUGAUAAAAAAUACUUCGUUGAUUUAAGGUAGAUAGGAAUAUAUUAUUUUUGUUUAUAUAAUGCGAUUGGAAUUUACGCAUUUUGCAAAUGCAAUUACAAACGGAGUUUCCUGUACCAGCGUUCGAAAUGUACAUAAAAGAAAACGCGAGUGGAAAUAUAAGGGUAAAUGAUACAUUUAUGAUGCAAAUAAAUGAAACAUAUAAUUUUAUAGACACGGAUUACCGACGGAAUUCAGAUAUGACCAGAUAUGAUGUUCCACAAACAGCACGUGGUGUUUCUUUAGUGAUAUUUGUGGCAAUAGGAUUUGCAUUUAAUUCAUUUAUGAUAGUUUCAAUAGUUCCUAAUCGGAGAUUAAGAACGGUAAGGAAUAUACUUUUAGUUCACUUAGGGUGUACCGGUUUACUUCUAUCAUUUCUGAUUAAUUUAUCAACUGCGGUUGUGAGUUUUACAGGAAAAUGGUUCGGAGGAAUUGUUGUUUGCCAAUUAUAUGGAUUUUUAUUAACUGUUUUAACAUUUGUGACGUCAUGGACAAUAACCGCAUUAAGUUGGGAUAAGUACCAAACUAUUGCUUGUCCAUUGCAUCACUCACUGACGGCCACUGCCGUCAAAAUGAUAGUUUGUUUCUCCGUAUUCUGGACACUGGCUUGUACGUUAUCAAUUCCUCCACUCUUGGGCGGAAGUCGUUAUGUGUUCCACGCCGAAAAGGGAAUUUGUUUUGUGUGUACAAAAUCAGUUACAGGAAAAAUUUACAUCGUCUCAUUUUUAUUAGCUGCCAUUUAUAUUCCGUUGGGAAUUAUGUUAUUUUGUUACACGCACAUUUAUCGCAUUGCUAGAACACAAUCAAGUAGGAUAGCCGCCACAAUGGUUCAAAUGACUUGCGUGAUUCAGGCCACUAUAGCUCCCAACAGUCCACCAAGUAGUCUCUCUAUCAAAGGGACAAAAGCCAUGUGUACAAUUUUCCAACUGAUAGGCUCGUUUGUUGUUGUGUAUAUACCAUUGUCUGUGAUAUUGUUAGCAGAAGUUGUGACAUCGGAUGAUUUUAGAAUGAAUGGUGUGCUUUCAUCUACAUUCAUUAUGUUGUUCUUGUCCGCCCCAGUUGUCCAUUCGUCAGUAUACGGAUUACGUAACAAAAUUUUACGGAAUUCUUUCCAAAGGUAUUUGCGACGAAAAAUAAGAUAUUACUGUUAUAAAGAUAAACGAAAAAAUAGUAUAAAGUCUUUCCGUUCAUUUCGGUCAUCAUCAUUCAAAGCCGCCAUGAAUAACAAACGAAAUCAAAAUGGCGACGCACCAGGACUUCGUAGAACGCAAUCAUUUCCGGUUCGUGGGUAUAGAGGAGGUACUCGUAAUUUACGCGUGACGUACACUAAACAAAAUGGUUGCUUGGCUGUACCGGAAGAGUCAAUCGUUCGCCCUCAUUCAUAUAAUGCAUUGAACCCAGAAGAGAACCAAGAAGAACAAGUUGUAGACGAUAAUGAGCCAGGUGAAAUACGUUUUGAUAUCCCGGAUGUUGAAGAAAAUGACGACGAGAGUGACGUGUAAUUAGUUUUGUCAAUCAAUUAAACUUCCAGCUUAUUAAAAACAAAACUUUAAUUAUAUUUAUAUGUAUAAUGAUUGAGUUGAAUAUACAGUUAACUGGUAUAAAAACCGUUGUUUUGGGCCAAAAUAUAUUCUUUCCUAAUUUUUGUUUUAGAAAAACAAAACUAUUAAAAACCACUCCGAAAUCAUUUAAAACAUGACUAUCUAUUGCACAAAGUUUAUCAAUCUUCAGCGUUUGGAGGGGUUAAACCCCUUUUUCAUCAAGGUUUUUGCUGUUUAUUUUCUAAAUCACAAGUUAACCUUAUUAUCUGAUGCAGAAAAAAAACUAUUAAAAUCAGAAAAUGCCGGUCAUUUUGUAAUCAUUCGAUUUAAAAAAAUGAUUUGCGGCUAUUGUAACAAUUUGUGUUAAAUACAUGUAUAUGUAAGCAUACUUUAAGUUUUGAUGUCUCAAUUUCUAGUAAAUGUUAUUUUAUUAUUAAGCUCAAAGCGACUUAUAUAAAUGUAUAUAAUUUAUUAUCUGAGAACGUGAUUGAUUUGUGUGAAGUUACCUACUACAGCUGUUCAAUAAUUUAUACGUUGGUUUUCAAAUAUAUGUUAUUAUUCUAAUUUAUGUUAUCGAAUAUUCAGUUUAUUAUAACCAUUCUUUAAAAUUAAAAACAACUGGUUUUCUAUGUUACCUUUGGCGUAAUGCAGCAGUCAAAAUAUCUCUUUCAAUUAGAAGAAAUUGCAUUUGCUAUAGUCUAAACGUUUAGAAACGUUGUUUCCAUAGUGAUAUAGGUACUUCGUAUACAAAUAUUAAUGGAUAUUUUGAAAGAGUUACAUAGUUUCCUUUAAGAAAAUGUACACGUUGUAGUGACCAAUUUGUAAUGUUAACAUCAUUUUUAUUUAAUUUGUUUGUAAAUGUAGACCUGGUAAUACUGCCCUACACUCAUAAUUCAAUUUAAACAUUAUAUACGAAAAACAAAUGAACAAUUUUGCAAUAUGUUUUUGUUUAUUCUCAAUCUGAUUUUAUGUAAUUAUAUAAUUAUCAACAUCCGGACGUAAAAUAUGUUUGUGUAUGUAUGUUUCUGGCUAGAAAACUUAAAACCCCUCAGAAAGCUUCUCCACUACACCAUUAUAACAAUGAGUUUGCUAGAUAUCUAAACACAGAUCGUAGACAAACGAUUGUUUUUUUAGAAUGACUCAUCCUCUAGAGGUAAAGCUCAACAGGUUUAAGAUAUUAUACGAAAAAUGCUCACGUAAAGGUAAUGUAUGGAAUUCUAGUGUUCAAAGAAGCUCGAAAUAAUUGAAAUGCGUAUAUUUUAGCGGCAAACAAAUUGAUCUGAACAACUUGUCUAGUGUUGUUUUUUCUUAUGACGUAAAUUGUGAAAAUUAGUUUAACUAACGUGAACAAAAUGUGGUAAUUAGUCUUCUUACUGUUAAUUAUAAGAUAUUUUCUGUUUUCCAUUAUAAAGGAGAAAGAAAUAGUGCAAGCUUUCCUGAAAAACAUAUUAUUAAAGCCAAGGUAUUCUAAACGUAUGAUGCUUUGGACUUUCAACUUUUAUGAGGCAUUAUUUAUAAAUUUUAUUAAGAUAAUUGCUUAUUGCUGGUUUGAAAAUACAAGUACUGGGAGUAAUAUAAUCAAUGCAUCAUUGUCAAAUGUUACAACACGAAACCUAACAGACAAAUGUCUUAUAUGUAAUUGACUGGUAAUUGUUAUCUCCAGGAAACUACCGCAUAUUACUGACUAGGGUUCUUAUCUAACAAAAUAUUACAUGCAUUUUGUUCGCUAUUGGGUUUGUAAUUUAUUAAUUAUGUUUAAUGCGACACAGGCGUAGGCCAUGAAAACAGAUGAUUUAUAUGAGGUUGUGUUAACUUAUCUUAUGUAAGUUCUUAUCAAUAAGUUCUUCAUCUGAAACUAACAUUACAUAUUGUAAACUUACGUGUAACGUAUGAUAUGAAACAACAAACACAAAGUUUUAUGUGGCAUUUUUAUACGAUUAUUUUCGAAUAUACGAGUAUAAUUUAUAAAUAAUGAAAAAAAGUAUUGCCAAAUUGAUAUAAUUAUAAUUUUAUGUCAUAUAUCACUUGUUCAUUAUUAAAAAAGAUAUUUAUUAAUGCACUUUAACCAUAAUUAAAAAAAACAAAUGUCCAUUUCGUAGGCGAAAAAACAUUUCGCAUGAAUACAGUAUAUUACUUAAAUGAUUGUUUCUUUUGACAACAUGUGUUGUAUAUUUUAGAAAAAAUAAAACUUUCAUAUCAAUUAUUUAUAUAUAUUUAUUACAUUUAUUUCAUUAAGAUAUAUUAACAUUAAUUAAUGAAUUAAUGAAUUCCACUGUCAUUUCUCAAAGAAUGUUUAUUUUUACGAAGUUGUGUAAUGCUCGUACAUGUAAUUCUAACACAGUAGUGUUUCUCUGUUUGUAUAAAUUUUGCGACAGUUUGACAAGUUUAGAAAGUUUUGCACAUUGUACAAUGUACUUUUAUAUACGGUCACUAUAACAACACGGAAACAAAUAAAUAGUGUAUGAAACAAAUAUUAUAUACAAGAUAAUUUUACUUUAGAUCAUGUAAAACACAGAAAAGAUUGAAGGUAACAUAGUCUGUCAUAAACCAACAGCAUGUUUAUCUACAAACUGACAUAUCAAAUGUGUUUUUCUUGAGACUCAUACGAGACUCGUACAAUGUGAAUCUAUAAUAAUAGACUUUUUAAAAUAUAAAACAGAAUGUAUUUAUUUUUAGAAACAUAAAUUAUUUAUUUUUAGAUCUCCCUUACACGUUUUCAGCGAGCAGCUUUUAUAGUCCAAAUAUAAUUGCGCGGCAAAAUAAAAUGCCAUAUUAAAAUUCUCUUAGAGCCAAAAUUAGUUUCAAAAAUAGAUCGGCGUAUUGGAUUUUUCUGGAUUUUUUUUUGGUUUCUAGUUUUACAUUAUUUGUUAGUGCUAGAAAUUCAGAAAGAUCUUUUAUUUUAAUUAAUUAUGUAUGGAAUCAGGCCUGAAAUUUUAUAUUAAUUUGACGGUCUUAGAAAGUAACAAUUAUAGUAGAAUUACGCUAUUUGGAUCUUACAAAUACAUGUAUUUCCAAACCAUUACAUUGAGCUAGAUAUUCCAAUAUAAAAACUAUUUCGCACUGUAGUCCAAUCAAUGAUUAAGUAGCUUUGUUAUUUUCUAUAUAAUUCAAGUAGUAUAAUUAUAGAAAAUAUACGGUAUUAUAAACCUUAUGUUUUUUUCUUAUAUUAGAACGACACAUUUAUGGGUAUUUUUAUUUGAGUUCACCAUCGAAGUAGUAGUAUUUUCCCCUGUAGAUGAAACACUCCUUUAAAAAAAAAUUAUUAUGAAUAGAAUUAAUGGUAUUUCCAGGAUGGAAAAUACUAUUUAGAUUUUGAUUUUUUUUUAAAUAAAAAAGCUAUGUUUUAUCAUGUAAAUGUAUGAAAUUGUUUGAUAUGUUUUGAAAUUUAUUGGUAUGUUUUGUUUAAUUUAUUAUAUUAUUCCAUGCCAAGAAAAUGCUUUGGUGUUUCUUAAGAAAUAAAUUGAUAUAAAGUUAUGCUUAUACUUUUUACAAGAAAUGAAAAUGUUUAGAUUUAUCACAUAUACUGAAGUAAUAGCGCUAAAUUUUUAAUGAAAAUGUAUUUAAUUUUUGUUGUUUUGUGUUUUAAAGUCUUGUGACUUAAAAUAAAAAAAAUGAACAAAAAUCAUAGUUAUUGGAUAUUAGUUAUUGAAUAUUAGUUAUUGGGUAUUAGUUAUUGGAUAUUAGUUAUUGGAUAUUAGGUAUUGAAUAUUAGUAAUUGGAAAUAAGGUAUUGGAUAUUUUAUCUUCAAAAUCUGCUACUUGUCUCUAAACAUAUUGAUUUUGUGUCUUAAGCAUAUUUUUCCGGAUUUAAAAAAAUUGAAGAAAAACACUUUCAAUGUUAUGUUUUAAAAAACGUAAAUUUGACUUAAAUAAUACAGCGUAUUUGAUAAUAAAUCCUAACCGAAAUGAAAAAUGAAAAAAACAUAGAAUACGUGCCUAGAAUUCCAAUUUAAAGUAUAUGAUUUACAAUGGUACUAAAGUACGUUGCAAAGACCCUUAUAGUAACAUUAAAUCUAAAUCAAUGUAUCGGAGGUUCAAAUAGCUUUAUGUUUAUGUUUAAAAAUCAGUUUAAAGUAUUCAUUCUCACCUGCCAGCUCUUUCAAAAUAUCAGUAUUAUUAAAGGGUAUUAAGCUAAAACUGUUGUCAGAUAUAAGUAAAAUAUUUGUUUUUAUCUCAAUACAGAAUGUAUCAAAGGGUCUAAAGAUUGUUAACGUCCGCUAAACCCGAUAACGCAUGCGCAAAAUCAUCGCAAACCAUACAUUUUUAAUCAAGCAUUUAAAAUUUCAUGUUCGUUCAAUAACAAAUGUUUUAUUUUUUAUGUAGUAUAUUUCAUCCGUUAUUGUUUAACACCUUUAAAACUGUCAAUUGUGAGUCAAUCAAACAAGGAAUCAAACAAGGAAUCAAACAAUCUAUGGAGCCUAUUUCUUAUAAAAUUCUUUCGAUUUGUAACAAUACUCUCUUGUUUUUAUCGUUUAAUAGGUAUUUGGAAUGAGCUUUACCUCGUGCUUAGAACUUUAAAUUUUCUCUUUUUAAUUGCUUUGUUAUUUGUAAAUAAGUUUUUUAUAGCGUUGAUUUAUACCUCAGUUGUUACCAUGCCAACAUAUGGAACAAUGGUCUAAUUGUUGAAGGUUGUUAAACAACAGUGGCAUACAAUUAUGUUAAAGAUAUAAUGUGCUCAUCAAUAGGUUAAAUGCUUUGAAUGCAGAAAUUUAUUGAAAUGUAGGAAAUUCUUACUAUAUAUGUCUAAUUUGAAUAAGAAAAUACGCAAACUAUCUAUCGGAAGCUUCAACCCUCCUCCACCCCCUGUCACUAGUCAAUCAACUUGAUGUAGUCCUAUCUGAAACAUAACUUAUAGUUGUAUUCAUGCUUUUACCUACAGUAUGUACAAUUUAAAACGGAAAAUAAAUUGUGUCUAAAAUAUGUUUAUUUUACAUUGAAUAAGAGAUUCUAUAGCAAUAAUCAGUUGUUAUUUUUUCCAAUUUCGAGCAAAAUUUAUCUAUAGAAAUAUUAAAACGUUUAUUGUCUGGGGACCAAGAGGGCAUAUAACGCUGUCUAAGACAUUUGAUUUGGAACCAUUUGGAAUUAGUUGGAAAUAAAUGCAUCUGGUUGGAGGAAUUUAUAUCGUUGCAUUUUAUAUUGACCAGUAAUAUGUUAUAUUUAGCAAUUGGUGUGCGAUGAAUUCUGUGACUUUUU